UUCCAGUUUCUAUAACUUAACUAUGGAAUUUGAGGCUUCUCAUGUGAAGGAAAUUGUUUUUGGUGACGAAUUUGAAUCUGAAGAUGAUGAUGAUGUUCUUUUGUCAACAAGGAUUCUGCAGAUUGCGAGCUUAGGAAAAUGUAGUAGUAAACGAGAUGCGUCUGGUAAAAGGCUAUUGGACAAUAAAAAUUCAUUGCAUAUUAAAGCUAAGAAAUCAAAGGUGUCAACAUAUGAUGAUCACGAUAAAGAUGAAGAUGAUGAUGAUAUUCAUUUGCCGGAUAAAAUUGUGAGGCCGGUAAAAUCGACUGAUAAGUCGUUUUCUUUGCUGAGGAAAGAUCUUGUAUUGUUAGAAAAAAUAUUUGAGGAAGGUAAAAGGAAGAUGCAGGAAGAAGAGAAGAAAUUGCAGUUUAUAAAGAGAGAGAUUGAGAAGUGCUGCAAAGAGCUUGAAAAUAAGAAGCAUAAAGUUAGUUGUGUUAGAAGAAUUGAAGAAGCUUGCAGCAAAAUGCAGGGUAAAAUUGAAGAAUGUACCAAGGAUUUUGUAGUGAAGGAAGGACAACUUUAUUUGCUAGAGGACUUGAUUGGAGAGCGCACGGAAGAGCUCAAGACGAAAGAGAUAGAACUCAUUAAAGUCAAGGGUACCAUUUCAAAAGUAAUAGAACUUCGUCGAGCCAAUAUUGGAAGAAUUGACAAGGACCGUGGAAGGAAGGAAGGGGAACUCGAGGCUCUUUCCCAAAAAAUUGCUGAAUGUACUUUGGAACUUAAGGCAAAAGAGAAGGACCUUUAUGCAAUGAACAAAUUAAUUGGCGGACAAACAAAAAAGUUUGAGUCUGAAAAGAAGAAUUUUCUACAGGUGAUGUCGCUAAUGAAGGAUGAUCGCGCUCAAAUGAAGGAAUUUGGGUCAAUGAAGAAGCAAUUUGAAUGUCAGGUUAAGGAACUUGAGUCCAAAGAGAAGCAGUAUGAAGGACGGAUGGAGGAGCUUAAGUCACAGGAGAAGCGCAUUGAAGGAAGAGUUGAGGAUUUGGAAUCAAGAGAAAAGCAGCUUGAAGGACAUGUGAAGCAGUUUGAAUCUAAGGUUGGGGAACUUGAAGAUCGUAUGAAGGAGCUUGAAUCAAAAAAGAAGCAUUUUGAAGACUGGGGAAAGGAACUUGCAUCGAAAGAGAAGCAAGUUGAAGAAAGAGCAAUGCAGCUAGAGUCAAAAGAGAUGCGAGUUGUGUGA